AUGAGUUCGGAAGCGCCUGUCUACUUCGGCCCCUAUGAGGUGGCCGGCGAGGUCUUCUACCGAACACCCUUGUGCUAUGCGAUCGUCAAUAUCAAGCCCAUCUUGCCAGGUCACGUACUCGUGAUCCCACUCCGGAUAGUGCAGCAUUUCCGCGAGCUGCACUCCGACGAGAUCACGGAUAUCUUCACCACUGUCCAAAAGGUCCAGAGGAUGUUGUCCAAGACUUACGAUUGCACCGACGCGAACAUUGCUAUCCAAGAUGGUCCCGACGCUGGGCAGACUGUCCCGCACUUUCAUUGUCAUGUCAUUCCGAGGGCAAAGGGCAACACGAAUGGUGACAAGGUCUAUGAGAUGUUGCAGGGGGAGGAGGGAAAUGUUGGAGGAGGCUUGUGGGAUCAGAGACGGCCGGAUCGCAGUGUUGGCAAAUUUCCCGUGAUUAAGGAUGCCGACAGACACCCGCGGUCGACAGAGGAGAUGCAGAAGGAGGCUGCUUUCUUCCGCGAGCAAAUGAAUUUGCUAGAUUGA